GGCAGCGCAACAAUAUAUAAGUGGCUUCGAGGCCGACAGGAUAUAUUGAUACGUCCUGUAACUUUUAUUUCUUUUUCUUUAAACAGUUGGCCAAGUCAAGCCCUUUAUUAUAUCACCCGAGAUAGUAUCUUUGCGAGCUAUAUCAGUUGUCGGCUAUUAAAGCAUAUACCCAAUCUUGCUAUCCUAACAACUGUCUACAUAACACCGGUCAUAUCUACAGUUCAAUCUCAAAAUAUUGACCAUGAUUUUCCUGUUCGACUCAGUUACCUCUUAUCCCGGAAUCAACUACGUGGAUUUUUCUGCCGUCGCUGCUUUUGGUAUAAUGGGAACCUUGUCAUUAGCAACAAUAAUCAACUUACUCAACUCGGCUCCCGGCGGGAACGCCCGUGAGAAUGGCCCCACUGUGGACUGAUUUACCCCCUCGACAUGAGGAGUCAGCGUCGCAAUCUACAUUAGUCGGAUCCCAUCUACACCGCUUUCCGUGGCAUAGGGCGGCCGCCGUUCCUUGGUAUUCCAACUAGGUAGUCGGGGAUGUUUAAGUGAGCAUUGAGUCGAGGUAGCACUUGGUUUAUAGAAGACGGAUGGCAUACCUGCCUCCUAUAUAUAUGCUGCAUAUCAUCAGAAGUACGAGUUCUUAUACGGCCUGUCGCAGAAGCUGACCAUGGGAGGUGAAAUUAAAGGAGGAGUAAUGGCUCGCUAUAUACUAUAUACGGAAUACAACAUCUUUACGACCUCG